ACUCAACUAAAUUUCGAUUUAUAGAAACUACUACACUAUAGGCAAAUUAAAAAGGACUUACAUUUUCUAUUAUCCUUUUUUAUACUUAUAGCGUAUAGGUUUAGGUCUCCGGUAUGUUGAGCCGUAGUCCUAGAUUAUUGAAGAAUCCAGAGAGGAAACAGCGUUUGGCAAAAUUCCAAGUUGGAGACUGCUCGGUGCUCGAGAUGGAAGCUCCUCAAAAAAACCGUCGAAUCCAUCAGGUCGCCCAAAUUGGCGACGGUUUGACUUCCCCUUUGGAAAGUCCAUCGAACAACUAUUCAUCUGAUAGAUCCAAUCCACUAACGAAACUUGAGGAGGGAGAACAGGAUGCGGACUACUGGGAGUUGAAGAAGGUUUUUCAAAAACUUGACCUCUCCGACCAGAUUGUCCUCUAUCGCUCCUUUCGCCUCCUUCCCGCCGCCUGCUACACCCUUUGGCGGAGUACCAGGAAGCGGCUCGACUUUCGCACUCUUCAUAGGGAUCUUGGCGAGGCAUCCCAGAGACAUCUUAUCGUCCACAUGAAGGAUCAUUUCAAGUACAUUUACUUCGUCGCAGAUAAACUGCAGGAAAACCUUAAUGUUUUAGAAAAAGCCGGAGUCAAGUCGGUAGUAUCUGUUCAACGCUGCGAACUGCUGAUAGAAGAAAAAGUUAAGUCUAUCAGUCAACACGCUGGAGAAGAUUUUGGUGGAAAUAGAAUGGCCCAGUGGCCACUGCACGCUCUUCCCAAAUUAAUGAGAAAUUUGCGCCGCCUGAAGGUCGACUGUGAAAUCCAGGUGCACUUCAUCGAACAUUUUAAGGAACUGGAGUUACUAGUGCUCAAUGGCUUCAUUUCGCAGACUGCUCUCACUGGGAUCUUAGAGCGGUGCCAGAAGUUGACCAGAUUAUUUCUUCGAUUCGAUUGCGAUACACUGAGCUUAAAGCUCAUUGAUAAGUGUUCCCAUCUGAGAGACCUAUCUUUGACCACAGGACUGUUUUCUCACCAAAAGGAUCUUGUCAUGAAACUGACUGAUCUUCGCCUGUUGGAGUUGACACAAUGUGGAACGAGAAGUCAGCUGACAAUUGAGUGCCUGCAAUUUAUACUAAACAGACGGAAAGAUUCUGUGCAACUGAUUCAAAUGGAUUGCAAAGGCUUUCAGGAUCCCAAUUGGAUGAAGGAGGUGGGAAUGGAUCGGUGCUCUCGAUUGCGGGGAUUGGUCCUGGCAAACUGCUAUUUCUGCGACCGCGAGAUCAGCCAGCUCUUGUUUCCAAGAGUUCAGAAAUACAUUGCUCUAAUUAACUGUCCUGAUAUUAAGGACUACCAGUUGAUAGAUAUGGUGCGAAUGUGUCCCGGACUCAACGAUAUCUACUUGAUGGACUGUCCCCAGUUGAGCUGGAAGGUCCUUCAAGGUAUUUACCGAAUCCGCAAGAGUGAAAAACUUAGCUAUCCCAUUACCAUCAUUCUCAGUCAACACUCGGAACUCAGGCAGGCCUAUCAGUCCAUGUACUCAAACUUCUGGUGCUUCAAGCUUCCCUUUCUCAGAAUGGAACGCGUAAUUCAUCCAUGUCGACCGAUUAGAGAUAUACAAUUAUUUUUUAAUAGCAGCGAAUAGUAAUUUAGUGUUAUAGUAUCCAUAGCUGUUUUACAAAUAUUCUAAAUAUAUAUAUAUAUUUUUCUC